AUGCGAAUGAAUUACCGACGAGUUCAAUUUGAACCAAAUCCAUUCUUUCCUACACACAACUUCACACAUCCAUUUCCACCAAGACGAUUUACACCCCAGCUCAUAGAAACCGCCAGGCGUUCGUUUCGAAGAGACACCUCUUAUGAUCGAUAUCACAGUGACCCGCCAAAGUCGCAGGCAGAAGAUACAUAUAUAGAUACUGUCGGUGACCAGUCUUCAUGUUCAUCACUGGCUCAUCGAGGUAUUCAGAAGAGUUACCCGGUCAACAUUUCAAGCUUCUCCGAAAUCACUUCCGAUCAUAGCGAGAGUUCCAGCGGUUUGGGUCUACCAUCACUAUCUUCAUCUACAUCGACGGAUGACUCAAUAAACCGAUCCAAAAUUGAAGAGCAGCGUCGGGAGAGCUGUGAUGAACGGUUUUCGGCGUAUCUCCUUUCUUUAGCUGCACAAUCGGCCGACAGGCAGUUGAAAAAGCAAACGCUUGCGGCUUUCCCCGAUGAACAAGUUCCUCAAAACAUAAGCCAUUCUUCCAUUGAUACAAGCUACAACGAAAAGUCCGUUCCAUACACCGAGAAGGAGCGGAUUGCUACCUUUCAUGGUACAUCCUCUGAUGACUUGUCGCGGAAAUUCCAACAUAUCUGCCGACGACACAUGGGCGAAACGAAGUCGACAGGCCUGGCCAUGGUGGAGGCUAAAGAAAGGGGUACAUCGACCGCAGUUCAUCAAAUUAUAAAUACCGUCCGAGAGAUUCAGGACAACGUUGAUGAAAACUGGCAAAGCGGUGCUAUCAUGACGUGCCCUACGAGCCCACCUUUGCUUGGAAAUGACAUUGUUUUCCCCCGAAGUCUAUCUCCUGAAAGAACGAUAAAUGAUAUCGGAAAUGCGACUCGCCAGCGAAUAAAUCUCGACCAACCAUGUCGCGGCCAUGGGGGGUUGUGGAGUGCAAACCUAAACGUUGGUAACAACCGCGGUGAUGGUCUUUGGAUGGGAACAUGCCGCAGAGCCAGUGAGAGUGAUGGGAAUAUACACGAAUUAAUCCUAACAGAGCCGAUAAUACCCGUCCGGGGUCAUCAGGACGAAUCUUCCGCUUCCUCUGAUGUAACAUCUGAGCACGGAGCGCAUCCCUUUAGCCCUUCCAUAAGACAUAGGUAUACUGAUGACGUGGGCAGGGAGCUCAACGCUCAGGAUGAAUUCAACGAUGCGGUUCACGAUGAAUUUGUUACGCAGAUUUAUAAUUACCUUUCGUUGGGCUACCCGUGUGUUGCACAUUGUUAUGAUCAUGAGCUCAGCAGAAUUUCUAACAUACCUAUAAAUGAUCUUCGACAAGAUGACUUGCACACUGAUUCUAAAGGUUAUGUUGGCGUGGUUGAAGGCACUCCUGGGAACAUAUGGUCUACUGGACAGGCAUGCCUGCGCUGGUUAGCCUUGCGCGUGUAUAUACAGGAAUGGACCAAAGAACAGCCUUGGGUGGCUGAAGAUGACAGUGAUAUUAUUGAGGCGUGGGGUGAUUGGGAAUGUUGA